CGGGGCGCGCAGUCCGGGCCCUCGGGGCCCGAGGCGGCGCGGGAGCCGGCUGCAGAGUGCUGGCUGCGAGCUGCGCGCGAGGUAUCGGAGGCAUCUGUUUGUAAGGCAAAGUGUCCACAAAACUAUGGAUGAUAAAAGCACUUUACUCGAUGUUAAAGAGUACCCCGAUACCGAGGUACAGAAAAGCCGAGUACUGACUCUGGAAGAAUGGCAAGAGAAGUGGGUGGACCAUAAAAUUGGAUUUCAUCAAGAACAAGGACAUCAGUUAUUAAAGAAGCAUUUGGAUACUUUCCUCAAAGACGAGAAUGAUCUGAGAGUAUUUUUUCCUCUUUGUGGAAAAGCAGUUGAGAUGAAAUGGUUUGCAGACCGAGGACACCGUGUAGUAGGUGUGGAAAUCAGUGAGCUUGGGAUUCGGGAAUUUUUUACAGAACAGAAUCUUUCUUACUCAGAAGAGCCCAUCAUAGAAAUUCCUGGAGCCAAAGUAUUCAAGAGUUCUUCAGGGAACAUUUCAUUGUACUGUUGCAACCUUUUUGAUCUUCCCAGAGUGAACAUCGGCAAAUUCGACAGGAUCUGGGAUAGAGGAGCGCUAGUUGCUGUUAACCCAGGCGAUCGUAAACGCUACGCAGAUACAAUGCUGUCCCUAACGAGAAAAGGGUUUCACUACCUCUUGGCUGUUCUUUCUUAUGAUCCCACUAAACAUCCAGGCCCACCAUUUUAUGUUCCAGAUGCUGAAAUUAAAAAAUUGUUUGGUUCAACAUGCAACAUUCAUUGCCUUGAGAUGGUUGACGUUUUUGAAGAAAGACAUAAAAGUUGGGGGAUUGACUCCAUUGUUGAAAAACUGUAUCUAUUAACGGAAAAGUAAAUGAGACCAGGAAAAACAAGUAGUAUCAACAUGUUUUUGAGCAAUUGACAGUUAUGCUAAGGCAUGAAAACAUACUACAUGACUCGGAAAAAAGUUGUUCACAAGUCACAUAGCAGAUCUUUGCACAGAAAUAUGCGUAACUUUAUAAAAAAAAAAUACAAAUAAGUUGGUAAAGGAGAGUGUAAUGGGGGUGGUCAAAGAAUAUACCUGUUUUCCUUAGAGAUUGCAAGAAUUUUUUACAAUCAGCAUGUCUUGUAUAGUUUUAAAAAUUAAAAAUUUUAAAGGGACAUCUGCUUGUUCAGUCGGUGGAGCACACGACUCUUGACCUUGGGGUUGUAAACACCCCGUGUUGGGUGUAGAGAUUACUUAAAAAUAAAAUCUUUAAAA